AUGGCUACUCGCCGCUCGACCCGUCGCUCGCUCGCCAACGAGCAGGGCGUCGAGAACGACCUCAGCAACCGCGUCGGUCGGUCCAACGCCGCCAGCACCUCGCUCGCCGUCGGCAAGCCUCCAGCGCAAAAGGCCGCCGUCGCGUCCACCAGCACCGCCGCCGCCGGCACGAGGCGUACGGCCACCACCACGAGGGCUGCCCUCGGCGACAAG